AUGGAGCGCUGGAUGAGACUCUAUUGUCUGUGUGUCUAUAAAAGCAGCACAGGAGGUUUGAAGUGUUUCAGCUGAGAGGUAGGAAACGAGGGAGGGAAAGCUCUGAUGAGUGGACAGAAGUGGCCAUGCGGGAGAGUUGUGUUUUUCAACCAAAUGCCCGGUGAUCUUUUCCCACCUUCCCCACUUCCUGGCCUCUCACAGGAGCCUGUCGAGAGGGAAAUGCUGAGGGUCUUACUUUCUCUCCUCUUGAUCUGAGUUCUGACUGCAGGCGUCCAUGUGGGUGCUUUUUAUUUACAUAAUUUCAGCAGGACCUUAAUUUAGAGUUGCGCCUACACUUGUGUGUCUUUGUCUCUCUUUCCCCCACCUUCAGGCAGACUAACAACCACACACCAUUCACAAUCCUGGCGUCUAGGCUACCGAUCUCUGAAUCCUUAAGCGCCGCUGGACUCUGAUGACGACUUUGCUUUCUUCCAUGAGGGCGUCCAGGGGUGCCUGGGGGUGCUGGAUCGCUCCCUCAUCCCGUCCACCUCCUGCGAGGAUAGCCACCAGCGCUGGAAGUGGGUGACGCGGGGGCGCCUGUUCAACCUGGGCUCCUCAAUGUGCCUGGGCAUGACCACUGGGAACCUCACCAAGAGGGACAAGUCUCCUCUGGGGUUGUACGUCUGUGACCGAGAGCCGCCCGCAGUGCGAUGGACCUGGAACUGUGGCCAGGUGUUGGACACCUUAAACAACUACCUUCCCAUCCCCUCUAUUUGGAACUCCUCUGAAGCGUCCUCGCCCUCUAAGUUUAAAUGGACAGUACAUGGAGGCGCAGAGGACCUGUGCUCAAAAACAUAUCGUGAGAUCUAUACAAUCCAGGGAAACUCUCAUGGCCGCCCAUGCUAUCUGCCCUUCCUGUAUGACGGCCAGUGGUUCCACAGCUGCACAAGCACCGGGCGCGAGGACGGUCACCUGUGGUGUGCCACCACGUUCGACUACGGCAAGGAUGAGCGCUGGGGCUUCUGUCCUGUUAAGAGCAGCGGCUGCGAGACGUUUUGGGAUACUGACCCACUGACGGACAGCUGCUAUCAGUUUAACUUCCAAGCUACGCUGUCAUGGAGCGAGGCUCGGAUCAGCUGCCAGCAGCAGGAGGCAGACCUGCUCAGCAUCACUAAGGUGCAUGAGCAGACGUACAUCAACGGUUUACUGACAGGCUACAGCGCUGCGUUGUGGAUCGGCCUCAAUGACCUGGACACCAACGGGGGCUGGCAGUGGGCCGACUCAUCCCCACUCAAAUAUCUCAACUGGGAGACAGACCAGCCAGACCAUGCUGAUGAGGAGAACUGCGCUGUGAUCAGGACUGAGUCAUCGGGUCGUUGGCAGAACCGCGAUUGUUCUGUUGCUCUGCCGUACGUCUGUAAGAAGAGGCCCAAUGCUACCCUCGACCCCUUCACUACUGACUCGUGGGCAGAUGAUGAGAAGUAUGAUUGUGAUGUGGGCUGGCAGGCUUUCCAGGCCGGCUGCUACAAGCUGACUUCAGAGAAAUUAGACUGGGACACUGCUCAGAAAACCUGUCAGAAGAUGGAGGCUAACCUGGUCAGCGUCCACACCCUACCUGAGCUGGAGUUCAUCCUGCACAACCUGAAGAGAGACGUCGACCAGCUGUGGAUCGGGCUCCACGACACUAACAUGCAAAUGGACUUCCAAUGGACCGACAACACGCCCGUCAUCUUUACCUACUGGCACCCCUAUGAACCAAACAACUUCCGCAACACCCUGGAGGACUGCGUCUCCGUCUGGGGCGCUGAGGGCCGCUGGGAUGACAGCCCCUGUAAUCUGACUCUUCCCUCCAUCUGUAAGAAACUGGGAACAAAGAGUGAAGGGAAGCCGCAGCAUCAAGAAUGCAAAAAAGGCUGGAAGUGGCACAGCCCAGCUUGUUACUGGGUGGGAGAGGAUCUGCAUACCUUUGAAGAGGCCAGGAAAUCCUGCGAAGACCAGGGAGCCACCCUUGUUACCAUUACCAACAGGUUCGAGCAGGCCUUCGCCAACAGCCUGGUGUUCGGUCGUGCUGGGGAUUCCUUCUGGAUCGGGCUGCUGGACAAAGACAGCCCCAGCUCGUUCCACUGGCUCAGUGGAGACGAAGUGUCCUACACAAACUGGAACCGAGACCAACCGAGACCAGUCGGUAUCGACGGUGGUUGUGUUUCUAUGGCUACUGGCUUCGCAACGGGCCUGUGGGAGGUGAAGGAGUGUGCGUCAUCGAAGGCAAAAUUCAUCUGCCGUCAGAAUCAGGACACGUCUCUGAGCCCGGAGCCCCCCGUCCCUCAGCCCACCCCGAGCCUCAGCGGCUCCUGUCCCAGUGGCUGGAAGAGCAACAGCAACCUGCGCUACUGUUACAAGGUGUUUCACUCGUUCCAGCUGGAGGGGAAGCAGAGCUGGCUGCAGGCUCACCUGUUCUGCCGGAAACAUGGAGCCGACCUGCUGAGCAUCACCGGCCACGAGGAGGAGCACUUCAUCCUGCAGAUCCUCCAUGAGACCUUCGGGGAGUCAGAAGAGCACGAGCAGCAUUGGUUUUGGAUUGGACUGAACCGUAGGAACCCCAUGGACAACGGCAGCUGGAAGUGGAGUGACGGCCUGGCUGUCACGUACCAGAACUUUGGCCGGUACUACUACAACAUCCGACAGUGUGCUGCAGCAGAUUUGGGCACUAUGACCUGGCUGGCUAUGCACUGUGAUUCUGAGUUAGACUGGAUCUGCAAAAUCCCCAGAGGUAGUGCUGAGAAGGAACCAGAAGUCUCUGAAGGAACCAGUUCACCGGAGUGGAUUGGCUUCCAGGAGGCUGAUUAUAAAUUUUUUGACCACCGCACCACUUGGGACCAGGCCCAGAGGAUUUGCUCCUGGUUUGAUUCUUCACUGGCCUCCGUCCACUCUGCUGAGGAAGAAGCUUUCCUGGCCAACACUUUAAGAAAGAUGGUGAAGAUGGAGGGUGACAACUGGUGGCUUGGCCUUCACACCUACGAAAACGACGGCCGCUUCCGUUGGUCUGACCGCUCUGUGCUCAAUUACGUGUCCUGGGCCCUCGGGAGGCCGCACGCGCUCAGCCGGGAUCGCAAGUGUGUCCAUUUGUCUAUCGGUAAAGCUGACUGGUCCGAUCAGAAGUGCCACUCUGACCUUCCCUACAUCUGUAAGAAAGUAAAUGUCACAGGCACCAUUCCUCCGGCUCCAUCACCCCCCCACGUCUCAUCAGGCUGUCCUGACAGAUGGUCUCCCUACCAGCAUAAGUGUUUCAGAGUGUUUGAUCAGCCUGACCAGGUCACGUGGUCUGCAGCCAAGUUGAAAUGUGAAACAGAGGGAGGAGUGCUGGCAGUGGUGUCCAAUCACUUGGAGCAAGCCUUUGUCACCACCCUGCUUUACAACAUCACCUCAGACCUUUGGGUGGGCCUCACCUCAGACUCCAAAGGUCAUUUCCAGUGGGCCCAGCCUGGCCUGCUCAGCUACACCAACUGGGGUCCUGGAGAGCCCCUGGACAACAGCGGACCACAUCACAAUAAGACCCGGGGGAACUGUGUGGUGAUGAUUCACGGGAACCCACUGAAAAACGCCGGCAUGUGGGCCUCCAGAGCGUGUGAGAUGGAAAGUCACGGCUUUAUUUGUCAAAGACAACCAGACUCAACUCUCCCAGAGGCCCCGCCUCUCAUCCCUGUCACCCUGAAAGACAACAUGGAGCUGGAGCUGGGUGGAGUGACAUACAGGAUUGUGAACAAGCGUCUUGACUGGACGGGCGCUCUGCACCUCUGUGAGUCUUAUAAUGGGACCCUGGCCACAGUGACAGAUCCGUACCAGCAGGCAUACCUCACGCUGCUGAUCAACAGCCUGCGGCGGCCUGCCUGGGUUGGUCUCUACAGCUACGGAGGACGGAGCUUCACCUGGCUGGGUGAAGGAGAAGUGACAUACUCAAACUGGAAAGACGGGGAGCCCAAUCAGCUGGCUGGAUGUGGUCACAUGACCACUACUGGGCAGUGGACUAUGACUCCCUGUGACGCUAAACUGGACUCUGUCAUCUGUCAGAUCAGUGAUGAGCCUGUGAUGCACCAGUGGAUCUACCCCGGCCAGUGUCCCCACUCUCUGGGAGACUGGGCGUGGGUGCCUUUCAGAAACAACUGUUACGCCUUCAACCUGCAGAGUCUUAAACUGCAGCAGGAUGCACGAGCGUCCUGUAAAAAAGUGGGAGCAGAACUUCUCUCCAUCCUGGAUGAGACAGAAAAUGGAUUUGUUUGGGAACACAUCCAGAGCUAUGCAGAGCAGGCUCACGGCGCCUGGCUGGGCAUCAGCGUGAAAGGUAGAGGCCUAGUGUGGAGCGAGGACACAGAGAUGACAUACACCAACUGGGAGGCCCAUGACUUUUCCUCUUCUGUUUUGUCUCCUAACUCCUGCUUCUGGAUUCAGAGUAACAGCGGCCUGUGGAAGCCGGGCUCCUGCAGAAACCGGACGCAUGGAAUCAUCUGCAAACAGCCUCGCAGUGCCGAAACAUCAGCUUCUACAUCUGACAGUGACCACCUGCCCACUCUCAUUGUUGUCAUCGUGACGGGCUUGGUGCUGGUGGCGCUGAUUGCAGGGUUGAUCUACCUGUACCGCCGACGGACCAUAGGGUCAGGGGGCUCCUACGAAGGAGCCCGCUACAGUCGGACCAACUCCAGCAUGGCUGAGCAGACUGAGAAGAACAUCCUGGUGUCAGACAUGGAGCUGAACGAGCAGCCUGAGUAACAGCAGCUGAUCGGAACCUGGACUGGACCGACCCGUCACAGGAGAGGCGGACUCUGACACACAUUGUGGCAUUUAUAUUUUUGUUGUCUCUUUUGAAACCAAAAAAAAAAGAAGAUUUUAAAGAGCUGAGGAGCUGUGUAGAGCGCAGCAGGUGUUAAAGUUUUGAAUUUGAAUCCCGCACUCGCAAUCGUCUUUUGCCAAGACUUGACAAUUCUAUCGGUUUCUCUGCACAAAUCAGAUCCUUCCAUAUGCACAUCUUUCACAGAGUGUUCCAUAAAGGCCAUAAGUGGAUUUUCUGGGAGUUUGUUUUUAUCACAGCUGUAAAAGUUCAAUUUGAAAUUGGUUUAAUGAAAUGACUCCUCUUCACCUUUUUCAGUGCCAAAGUCAACUUUUGCACGUUGUAUAUUUUUUUCAUAUUCCCAAAUGAUUGGAAGACUUAUGAGAAUAGCAGCAAAGUGCUAUCACAGCCACAGAUUCACUCUUAAUGUGUUUCUGUCCUUUAAACACACAGCCACACUCUUCUUCUUCAGGACCAAACCUGUUUGUUCUAAAUUUCAUUUUGCCAUAACAGUAUUUACCUGACAUUGAGUUGUUUUUUUGGUUGUUUCAUCUGGUUCUUUUCUUUUUCAUUGACUUGCCAUCAUCCGUGCAGCUGUAGUGAACUGUUACCGAUGAUGCAUGUGUGGUUUUUGUUCUCCUGCCUCGCUCCUCCUUUCUCAUCGGACACGUCAGCACCAGCUGUCAGGCGAGCCGAGGAGGAGGAGGAAGCCCAAAUGUGAAUGUGUGGAAGGUAACAGGGACCAGUAUUAAUGGUGACUGUAGACCAUGUAAGGCAGUACCUUAGAUAUGGUACGACUGUGCACAUUACUGAGUUCUGUAUGAACUCAGCGUGGAAACUGGUCUUUAAUAGACUGUCAUUUUGGUACUGCAGGACUGAGAGUCAUCUUCAGGCGGAGUGACUUUCAGCUUCCAUGGCUCUGUGUACGCUUCGGUACUUUCUUCUAUUAUGUUUCAACUUAUUCAGCAUUAGUAAUUCACUUUCUUUCAGUUAGUAGCAUUAAGGUACAAUGACUUCUCUGUGAUUCAGACUUUUGUUUGUGUUGGCUCUGUAUGCCACCAUCUGGAGCUGGAUCAGCAGUCUUUAAGGACAGUAAUUCUCUUUGCCUGCGCCCGCCAUAAAUUUGCCAUAUUCAUCAUUUUUAUGGCCCACAGUUCACUUCUCUGUAUGUUUUAUCUCAAAGAUAUUAUGUCCUUUUAAUGAUACAGGUUUUAUUAUGUUUAUGACACAGAUAUGACUUUUAAAGACAUUUUAGAAACGUUCCUGCUUUUAUGAGACAAUUCCAAACAAAGGAAAACAUCAGUCACACAAAUGACAGCGGCGUAUGAGCCAAAGACUGUUUCAAAUAUAAAUUCGCAUUAAGAGAAAAACCUUGCUGGGUUCUUUCUAUACGUCAUUUUUUAGAUUUUGCAUUUGCACAGCCAAAUGAACACAUUUUUAGUCAUUUGUGUCACUUUAUGUUUCUUUCAUCAAACAUUUUCUUUCCCCUCAGCUCUCGCAUUUCGUUCUUCCUGCACAGAGGAAUGCUUUGGAGCCGUGUCAGUCUGAGGCUUUUGGGGUUUCACUGAGCUGCUGUGAAAAAAAAACUUCUUUUUCUCCAUGAGUUGGACUAAGAUAGGGGGGAAGGGAAGAGGAGAGGGAGUAAGGAGAAGUGUGUGUGAGUGUGAGUGUGUGUGUGUGUGUGAGAGUGAGUGUGUGCAGUCUCCAGCUGUGGAAUGUUGAGUCGGCAAGAAGAGCGCAGUGGCACGUCUGGAACCAAUCAGAGAAAGAGGGCUCAGGGACAUGAAGGGUCAGAAGGAGGAUUGAAAAAAGGAAACUGGAUGAAAGGGAAAAAAGCAGGAGUGUGAGGAGGAGUCAGGGAUGUAGGAAGAGAGGAAGGAGGAAUGUAGUGGAUUGUCCCAGGCUUACCCUGGCCUCUGCUGGUGGUUCACUGUACUUAAACUGUAGAAGAUGUGAACUGCCUGUGAAAGUCCGACGCCCCCUUAGUUUGUACAUCAGUGAGACUUUGUUUGUGAUGCAGGCUGGCGCUCGUCCCUGUGAAGAUUACCUGAAGAACCUGUUCAACUUUUUUUGAACUAUUUUUGUGUCAUUUUUAUAUGAAAGGAAUAAAGAAUACGUUCUCAAA